GAACAACAUCUAGCUUUCAUAAGACUUGAUAUCCUUCUUCAAGGAUUCAAGGACGCUCCUUCAAGUAAUGACCACAACAUCAUGGAAAACACAACCAUAUUGCACCCAGAUUUCCAGCGCUAUCUCUUCACACCCGUCUACAGUCUGGUCUUGUUUUUCGGAUUGAUUGGAAAUCUCGGAGCUUUGUAUUACUUCAUCUUUAAAAUCAAACAGAAAUCUCCUUCAAACAUAUACAUCAUUAACCUAGCGGUGGCCGACACGCUUUUCUUGUUCGCCUUGCCAUUUCGUAUCCACUACCACCUCAAUGACAGCAACUGGAUAUUCGGCCAUGCCAUGUGUCGCAUCACCGGCACCAUCUUCUUCGCCAACAUCUACAUCAGCAUCAGCUUCAUGACCUGCAUCUGCGUGGACCGCUACAUUGCCACCCUCCACCCUCACACCUACCUGCAGCUUCGCAACACAAGUCUCACGGCUAUGGUGAGCACCGUCGUGUGGUUGGUCUCCGGGUCGGCCAUGUUGGCCUUCAUGCUAAAAUGCCCAUUAUCAAGCAAAGGGAACAUGUGCUUUGAGGGCUUCACUAAAGAGGAGUGGAGCGACUUGGCGCCGUACAGCAUAUGCAGUCUCAUUUUUGGAUCCCUUCUGCCCUCUGCGGUCAUCCUGGUGUGCUACCCCAUUGUGGCCCAUCGCAUCGCCCGGAUCAACAACUCCACCGCCCGCGUGGCACGGCGGAUCAUCUACGCCAUCCUGGUCAUCACAAUUCUGUGUUUUCUGCCUUAUCAUGUCGUGCAUCUAGCGUACCUCUUGUCACGCUUGAGAGACAUCAAAGAGGAUGACGGGAUUUACUUCCUCCGUAGGGUGACCAUGGCUCUGGUCAGUCUAAACAGCCUCCUGGACCCACUGUUGUGCUACUUUGCCACGGGUCACUACAAAUGGAGGCUCAAAAGACUGAGGCUGAAGAAGAAAAAGGGUGUUUAUUCCAUUUCCAAUGGCUUUUGAUGGCUUCGUUUCAGCUGAACUAUUUCAGUUAAAAGGUAUAAAAAAAAGGCAAGACAGCACAUAAAAUGAAUCUUUAAUGCCAAAAAACAAAACUGAAAUACAGAAAAAUGGACUCCAAUGUGGCUUGAUGAGUUAGGUUUUUUCUCAUAUAAUUGUACUAAUAUUUGAUUUUGCACUAAGAAUGACUGUAAUUUUUUAUUACAUAACAGUAAACUUAUUCAUAGACUGAUAUAUUGGCCAGUAUUUGGCUUUUUUGUAAUGAUCUUGGUUCUGAAUAUUCUUUUUA